AUGGCGCCCGCAGAGACUGUCGCCCUCACUGCCCCCAACGGCGUCAAGAUCGACCUGCCGACUGGGCUGUUCAUCAACAACGAGUUCGUUAAGUCUAGCGCUGGUGCCAAGAUCAGCAGCAUCAAUCCAAGUAACGAGAGUGAAAUCACCUCGGUCGAGGCCGCAUCGCCCGACGACAUCGACACAGCAGUCAAGGCGGCGCGCGCGGCCUUUGAGUCGCCGGAAUGGAGAGACCUUCCUGGCACUGACCGUGGGGAGCUCCUGUACCGCUUCGCCACGCUCAUCGACGAGCACAAGGAGACGCUCGCGACGCUCGAGGCUUGGGACAACGGCAAGGCCUACUCGGUGGCCCUGAACGAGGACGUCGGCGAGGUCAUCAAGACGCUCAAGUACUACGCCGGCUGGGCCGACAAGAUCCACGGGCAGACCAUCCCGACCACGCCCCAGAAGUUCGCCUACACCCUCAAGCAGCCCAUCGGCGUCUGCGGCCAGAUCAUCCCCUGGAACUUCCCCCUCGCCAUGGCCGCCUGGAAGAUCGGCCCGGCCAUCGCCUGCGGCAACACCGUCGUCCUCAAGCCCGCCGAGCAGACGCCCCUGUCCGCGCUGUACCUCGCCACCCUGAUCCCCAAGGCCGGGUUCCCGCCCGGCGUCAUCAACAUCGUCAACGGCUACGGCCGGGACGCGGGCGACGCGCUCGUCUCGCACCCGGGCGUGGACAAGGUGGCCUUCACGGGGUCGACCCUGACGGGCAAGGCGGUGAUGAAGGCGGCGAGCCAGACCAUGAAGACCAUCACGCUCGAGACGGGUGGCAAGUCGCCCCUCGUCGUCUUCAAGGACGCCGACCUCGAGCAGGCCGUCAAGUGGGGGCACCUGGGCAUCAUGUACAACCAGGGCCAGGUGUGCACGGCGACGUCGCGCAUCCUGGUGCACGAGGAUAUCCACGACGAGUACCUGCGCCUGUUCAAGGAGGAGGUCCUCAAGAACAAGGUCGGCGACCCGUUCCACGACGACACGUUCCAGGGGCCGCAGGUUACCAAGGCUCAGUACGAGCGCGUGCUGGGAUAUAUCGAGACGGGCAAGUCGGAGGGUGCCAAACUGGAGAGUGGUGGCGUGCCGCACAAGAAUGUCGGCGACGGCAAGGGAUUCUUCAUCGAGCCUACUGUCUUCUCUGGCGUCAAGGAGGACAUGCGCAUCUUCCAGGAGGAGGUAUUUGGGCCGUUUGUGACGAUUAUCACGUUCAAGACGGAGGAGGAAGCCAUUCGUGUGGCUAACAACUCCUCAUACGGGCUGGGAGCUGCCCUAUUUACAACUGACGUAGAGAGGGCGCACCGUGUAGCAGGAAGACUGGAGGCCGGUAUGGUCUGGGUCAACAGUUCCAAUGAUUCUGACUUUAGGGUGCCGUUUGGAGGUGUCAAGCAGAGCGGUAUUGGUAGAGAGCUGGGAGAGGCCGGUCUGGCUGCGUAUACUCAGAUCAAGGCUGUACACAUUAACAUGGGCACCAAGCUAUAG